CGAAGAGCUCGACAUGUCAUUCAGAGGAAUCCGCCACCUGAAACGCGAGGAAGUGAAGGCGACUCAAUUGGGUAUAAAGCAUCAGCCAACAUCUGCCCCGAGCAGUGCACAGCGGAUGAAAACAUCAGCUCGGACCUCUCCUUUAUUUCGCUUCCCUUGGAUUUUAUCAUUCGGCGUUACCGAGUCGGUGCACCCGGGAAGACGCAUCUCUUUUCUGCACUUUAAGUGAAUGUGACCCCCACAGCCAUCACUAUACUGGAACUAACUGAUAUCCCGAGGGGUUUCGGCGCACCUGUUACCUCCACGGAGCGCGAGAUCAUGAUACCUCCGGGAGACUGCAUGUACGCGGGCAGAAAGAGGAGGAAGCCCGUCCAGAAACAGAAGCUGUCCUCUGCCAAUGAGAAAACCAACCCGUCCAAGCGGCACAGAGACAGGCUGAACGCUGAGCUGGACCGGCUGGCCAGCCUGCUGCCGUUCCCCCCGGAUGUCAUCUCCAAGCUGGACAAGCUGUCCGUGCUGCGCCUCGCAGUCUCCUACCUCCGCGUCAAGAGUUUCUUCCAAGCGAACCACGACAAGCCCUCCAGGAAGCACAGUAUCAGCACAGCAUCCUCCAACCCUGAACCCAGGAAAGAGAGCCUUCCACUGGGCACUACAGUCAAUGAAAGCAGCCUCCUUCUGGAAUCUCUUACAGGCUUUGCCUUGGUGGUGAGCAGUGAUGGGAUGGUAUUUUAUGCCUCUUCAACCAUUGUGGACUAUCUGGGAUUUCAUCAGACUGACGUGAUGCACCAGAAUGUGUUUGACUACAUCCACAUAGACGACCGCCAGGAGUUCAGACGCCAGCUCCACUGGGCCAUGUGUCCUCCACAGGGGAUGUCGGCACACCAGGACCAGCCACCUGCAGGGACCGGUGAGGACUUUGUUGUGAGCAGCCUGUUCCAUUCUCCGGAGGCAGGGGGGAUCCCUCCUGAGCUCUCCUGCUUUCUCAACAGGUGUUUCAUUGCCAGAGUCCGAUGCCUCUUGGACAGCACCUCCGGAUUCUUGACUAUUCAGUUCCAGGGUCGGUUGAAGUUCCUCCACGGUCAGAAAAAGAAGUCCGCCUCCGGGGCUCUGAUGCCUCCCCAGCUGGCUUUAUUCUGCAUAGGUGUACCCCUCCUACUGCCCUCCAUCACUGAGAUGAAAAUGAAGAACAUGUUAAUGCGGGGAAAGAACAAGGGAGGAGGUGAAGGGAUGAUCUCUGCACUGGAGCAUGGUGAGCGAGGGGACAACCUAGGGAGGCAUUCCUUUGGUGGAGGAAUGGGUGACAUAGCAGACCCUGUCCUCCUCUCCUGUCCCACUCCUGGUGCAACCCAGCGGGGCCACCACACCCCCUGGACCCCGCUCUCCAAAGACAACCUCAAGUACCGCCCCGAGGGUUACUACAACCAAGAGGAGCCUCUCAACUACUGCAAGUCCACCAUGGCUUCCCACAAAGGUGUUAGUCCAGGCCUGGGCUGCGGCUGGCCUCUGCGGCCGAACUCCGGCCCCCUCAGAGCGGGCCAGGGUGUCGGCUACAUCCCAUCUAACCGCAUGAACAAGGCCGGCCAGUAUGGGAGGCCGUACCGCCUUUCCCCGAACUGCCACAGCGGCAGAGGCGGCGAACUGUUUGUCUCGAAGCUCUACGGGAACGUCCAGAUUCCCACAGACCCGGAUGCCUACUGCGUGGACCUGGUGAAGAACGAGAACGGCUACGGGGAGUGCUACGAUGGCCACCUGAUGCCCGAGAUGCAGCCCAUCAAGGUGGAGAAUGACUCGGACUCUGAGAACGGCUGCGAUGCCUACGGGCGACCCUGGGCUUGCCGGGACCCAGAGGCCAUCGACCGUCGCUACGGCAACGGGGUAUACGAUCAGAGCUCAGGCCUCCAUCUUAAAUCGGAGGCAGAUUAUUUUGAUCCGCAGUACUCGCCCUGCCACCGAGGGAAAGCAGGAAUCAGCCCACCGUACAACAACGGCAACUAUCAGAACUAUGCGGUCAACAACAGCGGGAACACAACCGGACGCCUGUUAAAAUGUGACAAAGACUUGGGCAAUCCCAACGACAACAGCCAGUUUAGUCCUCAGAGGCUCUCUCACUCAGACUCUCUAUGCAGCAACCAAUCUGUCAACCUCAUGGACUCACACAUCUAUCCACAGGACCCUCACAAGGCCUACAUGCACCCGGACUACAACAAGCAUGGCACUUAUGAGUUCAAAGGUCACGGCCUGGUCCAUUCCAUCAAGCGGGAGCCCAUGGACUCCCCGCCGUGGUCUGAGAACGCUCACAACAUAAGCCAGUCCAUGAUGGUUGGUCCGAGGAACAGUAUGCCUUGUGUUAUGAGCACAGGGCAGCACAAAUCCAGUCCUUACAUUUAUAUGCCAUAAGAGUGAUUGGCGCAAACACAGCGGAUCAUUUCUCACACAAACACAAAUACAAACACACACACACACACACACACGCAAACACACACACUCUCUCAAACAAUCAGUGUGCAUUAAAGUACUUUGUAUUGCGCCCAAUGCACCAGCAUUACAAAGAGAUUCCCAGGAUGUUAACAUUUAAACGACUUCUUCUUCGAUUCGAUGAAGAGGUCACAAACAAGGCUCAGGUUCUAGUGUUUGUGUUGUGACAAUCAAAAAUAAUACCUUGAAUCCAGUUUAUGGAUAGACAAUUUAGUUUUUACGAGAUACAUUUUGUAGUUGGUUCCUAGCACUUUUGGAUUUAGUGACAAUGAGACAAUUUAUGUCUAUAGACACAAUUUCAUUUUUGUUUUAUGUGUUGUGUACACCGGGGUUUUGUGGGAUGAACAAAGAUUUUGCUGUAAAAAGAGAGUUGUUUUUUUAAACGUUGUACACAGGAGAUGACUUACACCUACUGUUGGGGUUAUCAAGGGAGAUGGCACACAGUCAGUGUUAACAACUUAUAGGAUGAUCUGCCUUGAUGGUGGUUUUGCAUGUUUUAGUGCUUCAACUAUAAAUCGCCUACCUUUUUUUAUUAAUGCCCUCAGUGAUGUUUGAAUGGAAUCUAGUGGUUUCUAUGCAUUUUAGACUUGUAAUAGGUCAACUUUCAGACACUUGAAACUUAAUCAAUUGCAGUAAAAACAAAAAGUUAUGUCCCUCCUCCUUUUUGCAGCUACAGGAAAGCUGUUUCUUUUUUAUGCAUGACACAACCAUGCAAUUGUCCUGAAUUUGAUUUUCCAAGAGCAUAGCUUACAAUGCAGUGCUUUUGUCAGAGCGCCCAAGAAUACACAGUUAAAAAAGAAGAAAAAAGGUUUCUCCUUGCAAAUGCAGACACCUUUGGAAAACGUUGUCGUUAAUAUUCGGAAACAUGUACAACUAUUGGCCAAAGCUUGAAGUAUAUUCACUACAUCUGUUUAUUAAACUAGAAACCGAUUACAUAAGGUGGCGCAUGACGCUCCACCACGUGUGGUUCAAAGCGUGUGCUGCUUGGCUCCGAGAUAAAAGAUCACACUUGAAUUGCCCUUUAAGUUGCAGGACCUAAAAUGAACUUGGACCUAGGGGAGAUAGUCUGCACCGCUGAAAUGACUAUAUUCAUAAUCAGUUGAAGGUUUGUUUGGACGAGGUAGAAAUGUUUGAACUGAAGGAACCGAAUAGGUUCGAUGUUGAUUAUUCUUCCAAUGUGCACAAUCUUUUUUUUUUUUUUUUAAUCAUAUUAAGUCACGCAACCUACAAAUAAUGAAUUACUUUAUGUCAUUUCAUGUCAAAGCUAGUGUUGUACAGUUUGGAUUAGUGUUCACGGCAAGCUCAGCAUUUCAACUCUUUACAGCCUGUCUCACUGCAGAUGCGACACAUUUCCUUUGAAAUGAAUAUACACUUUUCAUGUCGUCGUUUGAGUCCGAAAACAUCCAACCUUUUCCUCACAAUCAAUGUUUUUGCACAAAAUGAAUUAAAAAGCACCAAAUUGUUUUGAUGUUAGAGUCUCAGUUCUGUGGAGCUACUGUUGUAGCUUCGAAAUUGCACUACUGGGAGUAGUUCAGUUGAAGUUCAACCUACCCAGACAGGUUUUUGAGUCAACACGCACAACUGUUACACGGUGUCACUGUUUUGACUUUGUCUUUUUCUCUCUCUCUGUGUGUGUGUGUGUGUGUUCAUUUCAAUAAAUGUUUGAUGAUUCGUAUUUAUUGUAAGAGGCAAAAGCGUCUAAUUUAAAAACUACAGUUUUGCCUUUUUUUGUUUUUCUUGCUAUCUUUUUUUGAUAAUUGUUAUAAAAGUCAUACUUGUCUCAUGGAGGAGGUAGUUGCAAGUUAGCGAACACAGUGUACAUAUGCAAUGUCUUCCAAUGUUUCUACGUGUUUUUGCAAACGGGACUUAUUAAAAGACUUUUCUUUAUUAUG